AUACUAGGGUCCCCCCCCCCCCCGCGCCCCCGAAAUGGCCGCUAACAGUCAAGGAAACUUUGAUGGAAAAUUUGAAGCACUGGAUCUUGCAGAAUUAACUAAAAAACAACCAUGGUGGCGUAAGCUGUUUGGGCAGGAAUCUGGGCCAUCAGCUGAAAAAUAUAGUGUAGCAACCCAGCUGGUAAUUGGGGGUGUUACUGGAUGGUGCACUGGUUUCGUAUUCCAGAAGGUUGGAAAAUUGGCUGCAACAGCUGUAGGAGGUGGAUUCUUUCUCCUUCAGCUGGCAAACCAUACUGGAUACAUCAAAGUUGACUGGCAAAGAGUAGAAAAAGACAUGAAGAAAGCCAAAGAGCAGUUGAAAAUUCGUAAGAAUAAGCAAAUACCAACUGAGGUCAAGAGCAAAGCUGAGGAGGUUGUAUCAUUUGUAAAGAAGAAUGUUCUAGUGACUGGAGGAUUUUUUGGAGGCUUUCUGCUUGGCAUGGCAUCCUAAGAACUUCACUUCAUUGUUCUAUUUUUAUAGUUGUUUGUUUCUUGCCAGCAGCUUCUACACUCCAACAUAGGACAAUCGGCACUCCUCUUCCUCAUCUUCUCCUGUGCCUUCCUCCCUGUUGUAGCAAAUCUGAAUGGCUUUAAUAGGCUUCUCCUGGUGCAAGGUCUUCUCAGGCCUUCUCAAUUUAACACGUUGGAAGAGACAGUAGGUGUUAACUCUUCCAGUACCCUCCUUACUUGGUUGGUGUGUAGCUUAACAAGAAUGUUCCUUUUCCCCUAUGUAAGAUCCUUUUCCAAACUCAAUUUGUUACCUUAUUACAUGUUACAUGAAAAGGAACCAAAUACAUUUGCCUUUAAGCAUGAAAAAAUUUUGGUAUCUUGGUGUAUGCUUUCUUUUUAAAUUGGUUUUAGGCUAUAGAAAGAGAGGUAUUUAUACUUACUAUAAUUAUGUUGCCAAAAUGGCAGUGUAAGUACCAACACUAAAAAUAUUAAAUGAACUUCUGCAAACAAUGCAUGAAGUAAUAUAAGUAUUAUAUAUGGUAGGUGGGUCUUUAUGGAAACCAGCUGUAAGAACUUCAUGAAAUACAACAUUUAAGCAAGAAUUUGAAAUGUAUUUCUUUUACAUACGAGUACUCUAUCUGCAUGUUCAACUCUGUGCCAAAUCCCAUUACAGAUGGUUGUAAGCCACCAUGUGGUUGCUGGGAAUUGGACUUAGGACCACUUGAAGAGCAACCAGUGCUCUUAACUGCUGAGCAUCUCUCCAGUCCCUUAAGCAAAAAUUUUAAAGAGAUGUUCCAGGCAUUCAGAAUAAGAAUAGCAUAUGUGUAAUAAAUUAUUUUCAUCAAAUGCAAUCUCCAUCAGAAAUAUUGCUUAAUAUAAAAAUCCAUGUAUACUUUACAUUAUUCCAUAAUAGCUAUUACCAUGAGCUCAACUCCAACUACAAAAGCAUCUUCCAGAAGUUAAGUCUUCUAUCAUCUUCAUUAUACCCACAGGGCUUACUGCUUAAUAGAUUUCAAAUAUUUUUGAAUAUAUUAAUUGUAUAAAGAAAGCUUCCCGUUAAAGGUUAGGUUUACCUCAAAUGAAUUCUUAGAUAUGUAGAUGAUCCUUUGUGCAAUAGUAUAUUUUUAAGGUCAUACAUUAAGCAUAAUUACUUUUUUGACAUACCUUAACAUUGACAUACUUUUGAAAAUUGAAACUACCAGUGGAUGUGUAAAACUAAUUAGGAUUCACCUAUUUGCAUUUCCUCACUACGUUUUGAUUUUAUUUGAGCCAAUAUAAGUUAUUCUACUUGUAAUACAUAUUAAUCAUCUUUCCUUACAUGGUAGUAUAACCAGCCUUGGUAUAUAUUUUUCUCAAAAAUUUGAAGAUGAUUUUUCACUAUUUACUGUGGAAACAUAAAGAGAGUACAGUGAUUUCCCCAAGUAUCCAUUGCUUGCCUAUAGCAAUCAUGUAAUUGUAUUUUUUAUCAAUUAUUAUAAUAUACCUGCCAUUUUAUUGUUUGCCAUAUGUAUUCAAUACUAAAAAUCUAAAUAUUUUUUUGUUUUAAAACUUUAAAAAAGGGCUGGAGAGAUGGCUUAGCCAUUAAAGGCUAGGCUCACAACCAAAAGUAUAAAACUUUUAAAAAAAUCAUAAUACCUUUUUAUUACAGAAAAAUUAAUAAUGGUUAAUGUCAAAACCAUGCAGUAUUUAAAAUCCUCUUUGUAUGUACAAUAUAUUUAUUGACACCUGUGUGCUAUCAUCUGUUUUAUAGUUCUUUGUAUUCUUCUUGGGGUUGUGCCAUUUAUGGUGAUUCUUGAUGUAGCCAUGUUGUUCUCCCUGUGUCUUAAGUAUCAUUGGCAUGGUGAGAGCAAAAGCUACUGCAAUGCCCCUUUGGGUAUGUGGUGAGGAGUGGUCAUCUAGUAUCUCUCUAGUGGGUUGGUAGCUGACUUCUGAUCCAUCUGCUUUCUUUCUGAUUAAUAGGGGUUACAACUAAUAGACUAGUGGACUGGAGUUCCUUCAAAAGGUUAUAAUAGGUAAUGGUCUAGACUCACAUUCUACCCUGGUCUGAAAUAAAAUCUAUAAUUCUAUCCUCAAGUUGGUCAGACUCCACUUGUGUUUGUGUAGAGGUGGUGCAGAGGGUUAUUAGUCACAAUUAGCACACUUCAAGCUCCAGUUUAGGUCAGUGGUUAGUGAAGUAGCCUCAAGCAGUUUGGGGAACCUCUAUUGAGGGCUCAUUGAGUCAGCAUCUUUGCUUCAUCUUAAAUGGGAGAUUACUGGGGAUGUAGCUCAGUGGUAAAGCAUUUACCUAGUGUUUGUGAGGGCCUGGGUUCAAUCACCAACAUUGUGAGAACAGAAUAGCCAAGCAGGCUUGAGUUUAAAUGGGAGAUUACAUUUUCUGAAAAAAGCAGGUAGCUGUCUUUCCAUGCACAACCUAAAUGUUACCAGGGUGAGGCAGUUACACUAUUGAAUACAUUUGGUUUUGAUUAGUGUUAAUGUUUUCAAUGAAAAUGACCCCCAUAGUCUCAUAGGGAAUGACACUAAUAGGAGGUGUGUCCUUGUUGAAAGUAGGUGUACCUUAUUGGAGGAAGUUUGUCACUGGGAGUGGGAUUGAGGUUUCAGAAGAUCAAGCAAGGCCUAGUGGUUCAUUCUCUUGCCUACUGAUCCAGAUGUAAAGCUCAGUCCUUUCUCUAACACUGUGUCUGCCUGCCUAGAUGAUAGAUGCUUCCCACCAUAAUGAUAAUGGACUAAACCUCUGAACUGUAAGCCAACCCCAAUUAAAUGUUUUCGUUUAUA